GCGACACUUGGCGGUUAUUCUAUUGAACUUAAAUUCUUUUCUUUUUUUCAUUAUUUUCAUUCGUUCGUUUGUAAUGAUCAGUUUUGUUUCAUUCUCUCUUUCAUGGUGAUCGGUUUUUUCAUUCGUCUAUCUUUUUACUUUGUGUACAUUUAGAUGGUUCGACCAAUGGUCUAUAAACUGGUUCUCACCGGAGGACCAUGUAGCGGUAAAACCACUGGGCAGGCACAAUUAUCUACCUUCUUUGAGAAUCUUGGAUGGAAAGUGUAUCGAGUCCCUGAAACAGCAACAACCCUGUUCGCUGGUGGUAUACGUUUUCCUGAUCUUGAUCAAGAACAAGGUGAUAAAUUUCAAGAGAAUCUGUUAAAAACCAUGAUCUCCAUUGAGACAACCUUUUUCGACCUUGCUGCAACUAGUAAACAAAAUUGUCUAGUUAUUUGUGAUCGAGGAACCCUUGAUGCUGCUGCUUACAUGUCUCGAGAAUCAUAUGAUAAAAUUUUGCUUAAAAAUCAUUGGAAUACGGUUGAACUUCGAGAUAAUCGAUAUGAUCAAGUUAUCCAUUUGAUUACCGCGGCUGUUGGUGCAGAAGAGUUUUACAAUACUGAAGAUAAUCCUUGUCGUACCGAAGGGAUUGAUUAUGCUCGUGAAAUUGACCGGUCAACAGCUGAAGCCUGGGUUGGUCAUCCUUAUAUUGACGUGAUUGAUAAUUCAACCGAUUUUAAGACCAAAUUAAGACGCAUGAUUGCAGCAGUUUGCCGACGAAUUGGAAUUGACACCGGAGAUCGUCUUUCCAAAGGUUCACAGAAACUUAAAUUUCUCAUCGAAAGUAAACCAAGGUCAAACAUUCUCCCACCAUUUCAAGAUUUCGAGGUAGUUCACAAUUACCUAGUUACCAACAAUCCUAAGGUCCAAUCUCGACUUCGAAAGAGAGGACAAAAUGGUAUUUGGAGUUAUCAAUAUACAACACGUCGAUGUGAUUCUCAAGAUCAGGUGGUUGAAAUUAGGAGACAAAUUAAUCUUCGUGAUUAUAACAAUUAUCUUACACAACGUGAUUAUAGUCAUCAUACUGUCUAUAAGACUCGACGUUGUUUUUUAUGGGAACACAUGUAUUUCCAAAUGGAUAUGUACAAACCACCUUGUCACUCUCGGUGUAACGGAUUAAUUUUACUCGAAACUUAUACCACAGCAACGGGAGAUGAAGUUCGUCAGCAUUUGCCACCAUUUCUCAAGAUAGUAAAAGAGGUCACGGAUGAUCCCGCCUACUCUAUGUUCAAUCUAUCCCUUAAAGCUGAAUGGGAUCAAGAAAAUUUUUACACAUCUCAAUUAAAAAAGUAGCGACUUUCCUGUUGUUUGGCAAAGAACAAGUUAAUUUAAAAUAGAUCUGAAAUCGUGAAUUAAAUUAACUGUUAAUUGUAAGGGGGGUUUGGGUUGAGUGAAACAACAAUCCCACCAACGGAUUACCCAUUGGAGAGGAUUAGACACACUCUAUUAUUAUUAUUUUCUUCUCGUCCAAAUAGAGUUGAAUCUAAAUGAGAAACAGAUGAAAAAAAAAGGGUAACAAUGUGUUCACAAUUAAUUAAUUGCUUGUCAAGUUAGUUAAAUUGUUCAGAAUUUCACAAUUGAUUAACUUACUUUUCUCUCACAACGAGCACAAUUUAGUUUCAAUUUUUUUCCUCUUCCACUUGAAUCACAUUGAAAUAUUAAAUUGUCGUAACCAAUGUUGAUCGUUAA